CACAAGCUCUGCCUCUCUCUGCACACACAGCUUGCAAACUGCCUUCCCCAGAGACAUAGAACUCGAGGCUGCAGAACAGCACAGCACAGAGUUACAGGAACCUCAUGGUGACAGCAUGCUGGAUUAGUAAAUGACUUACCUCACCAUACACUGACACUGCUUAUGAAGCUUAUCUGCAGAUUUAUUCAAUCAACGUUACCAAAACAAACAAGGAUGCGGAGAAGCUUUGUUUACUCUUGUUUGCUGUUUUUUCUCCUGAUGGAUGGAUGCAGAUUAGAACAUGUAAAAAAUACCGAAGCAUACUGUGUAUUUCAAGACCGAAAGUAUCGGGUUGGAGAAAGAUGGCAUCCUUACUUGGAGCCCUACGGACUUGUAUACUGUGUCAACUGCUUAUGCAGAGAGGGUGGAAAUGUUCUGUGUAGCAGAGUGAGGUGUCCAAGUCUCCACUGUUCUAAUCCAGUGUAUGUACCACAGCUGUGCUGUCCACGUUGCCCAGGAGAUAGUGUUAUAUCCUGGGAACACCAUGAACCAGACACAUUGCGACAGCCAGCCAACAGAGAAGCAAGACAUUCUUAUCAACGCUCUCAUGACCACUCCUCCAGUGCUGGUUCUGGCAGACAUAUGGGAAACUUGCCCAAAUUUCAAAGCACAAGAACUAACCGAGGAGCCCUCUCUGAUCCACAGCAAGCAUCUGGAACCAUUGUGCAGAUAGUCAUGAACAACAGCCACAAGCAUGGUAGAGUAUGUGUCUCUAACGGAAAAACAUACUCCCACGGAGAGACUUGGCACCCGACCUUGCGAGCCUUUGGAGUAGUGGAAUGUGUGUUGUGUACCUGCAACUUUACUAAACAGGAGUGCAAGAAAAUUAGUUGUCCAGAGCAUUACACUUGCAAAUACCCUCAGAAAAUUGACGGGAGAUGUUGCAAACUUUGCCCAGAAGAGAUUUCUGAUCCUCAAUCUGGAGACAAGGACUACCCAUGUGGAGAGGAGACUAUCCCCGUGUUUGAGUCUGUAUUACUAGAGGAAGGGGAAACAGUCAGGAAAAUAGCCGUGGUCACCGAGGACCCACCAUUGGCGGAAAUUCAUGUGUGGAUAAUUCAGAAAGAUAUCCUGAGCCAGUUUUACACAGAAAAAAUGUCUAAGGAAGAAUUUGAAGAACAGCAAGAAUUCAAGCAGAUAACAAGAACUACACUAAGCCAGUGGAAAAUCUUCAGUGAGGGAGAAACACAGAUCAGUCACACGUGUGAAACGCAAAUUUGCCGAACAGAACUGGAAGAUUUAGUCAAGAUUCUGUACCUGGACAAGCCUGAAAAGGGCCAUUGUUGAAACCAGUACUAAAGGGAAGAGAAAACCAGAAGCUGCCUAGAGACAUUGGAUUGGUAGCCGGACUGCGGCCUGAUUCUGCUUAAAUCAACAUUGUCGCCAGACCCAGAAUGUAGGGACUAUUAAGCAUGGUGUGUUGCAGAAAGUAAUUGGCAGAUCCCGGUGUGUAGGAGUCUGUGAGCAGUUAAAUGCUUCCUCUUAUGCCUUAGAGGGCUGGCAUCAACUCAGAAAAAAAAUACAGGUUUCUUCUUUAUGAGAAAAAAAAACUGUUUAUUUGGAAAGUUAAUAUUAAUGGAAUAAGCAUAACUUAGCUCAAGAACAAAAUGCCCAAGAUGUACAAAAUAGAGGACAUGUGUGUAUGUGUGUGUGAAUGACUUUUGCCUGUAUUGCUGCCGAGUCGAUGAGACCCUUUUCUCUGUACAGCGCUGUGGAAUAUAUUGGAGCUUUACUCAUAAUAAUAAUAAUAAUAAUAAUAAAUAACUGUAAUCAUUUUCUGAUGUUUUGUUAUAAGGUUACAUAAUAACAUGCCAUAGGGUGAAGACAGACUCCUAUUCAAUCUUUCACUCACUGCUGCUGUUGCUGUAUAUCCAAAAAGUUAUAAUCUAUUCCAACGGUGCCUCAAUAUGGGGGGAAAAAAACCUUGAUGAUAACCAGCGUUCUUACUGGAUUAACAAAAUAUAAUUAAUAUAGUCCAUGUAAUAUAAUAUAUCCCUGUAUUUUAUUGUCAACUAAAAAAAAAAAUGUCUUCAGUAUAAAUGCAGCUCAUUGAGAAGUCUUUGCAAGGUACUGCUAAUUCAUUUAUGCUGAUUGUUUGUGAUGCGAGGUUACACAAUGUGGGUUAUUUACAAUUAUUGGAAAUAAAAAAACAGAAUCAGUGUUUUACAUGCCAACUGCUUCACUUUUGGAAUAGUACCCAAAAAUUGUGCUUUAUAUUUAACCACCAACUGGCAUUUGGCUGGUGAAUAUGACGGGUCACUGGGCAUUUGCCCAGUUUUCGUGCUGGCCAGCCUAAGCAUGAAAUAGGGUUCAUAGCAUUUACUGGAACAGGUACUGUGCAGAUACGAUAAAAAUAUUCAUAAUACUUCAAAACUAAAACACUCUAGCAAAAUAACACAUUAGUAAAGUGCACGUAAGUUCCUCAUUCAAGUAUUGACACAUGAUGCCUGUAUGUGACUAUUUAAUGAAACACACGAUGAAUGUGGAAACAGAUCUGGUUUUUUUUUCACCCAAAAUUGUUAUGUAUUGACAUGUCCCACUGUAAAACACUGUAAAAAAAAUGAUGACCCUCUCUUAAAUUGUUUAAGUAUUUUAGUGACCCAGAGUGAUAUACUGUAGAGCAAAAUACAAUUUUAAAAACAAAACGUCAUUAGAAUCUUCCCAGUGUCAGGAAUUAGUAAAGGCUGGACUGCCAGAGUAAAUCAUUUUAGCUGAGAAAUUACCUGAGGCUUAGUAAUGGUGAUGUGCCUGUUCUAACCAUUGGGAGGCAACUGAUAUAGCAUGGUAAUUUGAAAUUGGCACAUGCCCAAGAGGUUAAGAAACACUAACCUAGAAUAAAAUCAACACGAAGACAGACAGUGGGAAAUAGUGAAAAAUGAAGUGUAAGACUUAAAGGGACAAUGUAAGCACAAUAACCGUUUCAUUAAAUGGGUUUAGUGCAUUGAGUCAUCUGGUGCUGUCCCUCCUUUCAGUGUUAAAUCAUUUUUAGGCAAUUUAACACUAACUAAGGGUCUAUGGCCACUCACACACAGCCUGUCCCUACUGGAUGUUUGGCUAUGGCAGAGAUAACACAUCUACAUAUAGCUAUACCAAAUUAUACCAGCACUGGGUGCUGUGAUAGGCUGAAAGUGGUCAGCUGACAGUCUCAGGCAAUCACAGCUACCUAUUGCUGCUUCCUAUUGCUUCCUCAUUCGCUCAAGCAGUACAGAGGGGAUGAGGCUGCUAGGGACUCUCGUUUAACCUUAAAACAGUAAAACCAUUUUAACGCUGAAUAGAGGAAUAAUGCCAGGGGCCUCCAGACACUAUUACCACGAUUUUAAAUGCUAAUAGAUGUAACUGUGUACAACUGACACUAAGUUACAUUGACUUACAA